AUGAAGCCGCCGAAGCGGGGCUCCCGCCGCCCCAGCGGCAAGGUGGUGAGGCAGCAGCCGAAGCGGUUCUUUCGCCAGCAGGGGGACUUCCCCGUGUACCAGAAGCCCUACCCGGUGGCGCUGCGCCCGGCGGAGCCGCCCGCCACGCGCGACCUGCAGGACAGCGCCCUGGACGCGGAGGCGGCGGAGGGCUUCGGGGACCGCGCCAGGAAGGUGAAGCCCCACCUCGUGCGGCAGGCGCUGGCCCCGCCCGCCGCCCCGGGGCGCGCGGGGCCUGGCGACAUGGCCAAGGUCCGCUACCUCAGGGAGCAGCGCCUCGCCGAGCCGCGGGUGGCAGACUUCGACGCCGCGCGCGACGUGGGCGAGGAGUUCGCCGCGGAGCUGGAGGACGCGAAGGCGAAGGCCCGGGCGCGCCGCAACUACAAGUGGAUGCCCAACCCGUACGGGGAGCGGCCCGGAGCCUUGGGCACGGACCCGAAGGCCCAGGCCAGAUACUACGACAAGUACUUCGACGGCCAGAGGCUGGAGGAGGACCGCAGGGCCGCCCCCGGCCCCGACGGGGAGGACCUGCGCGAGGGCGGCCGGCCGCCGCCGCGGCGGCCCCGGGUGUCGCCCAGGCAGUUCUGGUACAAGCCCGACUACGUCACCCCCGACCCGCACAUGGUGCCCCUGAUGACGUCCAAGGAGCUCAAGUUCGCGAUGGUCAACGAGGCGCACCUCGUCCGCCGCUGGCGCGCCUCGCAGCCCGAGGGCAAGGCCUCCGGCCUGCCCCACGGCUCGAAGGAGGUUUGGAUGGCGUUCGGGCACCGGGCCGCCGAGCUGGCGAAAGGCCGGGAGCUGGCCGUGCCGGACCACCCCAAGCAGAAGCUGCUGCAGCGCUGCAGCAACUGCACGGCGCUGCGCUUCCUGCAGGCCGUCGGGCACGUGCAGGCGGGGCCCUACAGCGCCCUGCUGGUGCUGGUCACGCGCGUCCUCGAGCACCUGCAGGAGCUGAAGCCUCAGCAAUGCUUCUACUUCCUCCAGGCGAUGAGCAGGCUGCGGCUGAAGCACCCCAAGGCGGCGCUGGUGCUCGAGAGGAUGAGCCUGGCGUGGAGGACACUGGAGCACAAGAUGCUCGUGAAGGCCGCGAACGCUGUCGCCAAGCUCGACCUGGGCAGCCACCUGUGGGCCCGCCCGCUGAAGCUGGCGCUGAGCGGGGCCAUCCCGCACAUGAAGGGCGAGCACCUCGCCAACCUGAAGGCGAUAGCGGUCAUGGAGCUCCUGGGGGAGCCAGAGGCGAUGCGGGGCUACCUGGAGAAGUCCAUGGAAACCAGGGGCCAGCGGGCAUGA